AUGGAGAGGCUUGAACAAGAGUAAUUAAAAAAAAAGGAGUAAGCUGCUAGUCAAAUGUCUCCAAUGAAGCCUAAGAAGAGUUUAUAUAAAAAGUAGUAAAAAAAGCUGAAAUAGCUGCAAUAAUUGUAGACAUAGUCUGAAAAUCUAAUUAACUAAGACUAACUACCUCAGUUGUAAUCAUAGAUGUUAGAACUUUAACAAAUGAUUUAAACUACUAAUUCUUAGGCGAAAUAAGGUGAUAUAUUAGAAGAAUAUUAGCUUUCAUAGUAGUAGGACAAUUAAUGUAGUUUAAAAUAAUUGCAAUUGUAAUAGUAAUCUUCAGGCAGAAAUCUCAAUGGUAGCUCUUUUUAACUCCGAAAUAUGCUUAAAACUCUUCAAUCUCCUGAUUUAUUGAAAGGAGAGGACAGUAUCACAAAAAAUCUUGAAACAUAGAAACUAAGAAAUCCUUAAUAGUCAAAUAAAGUUGAUUCAAUUUUGGAGGAAAGUUUAAAAUCACAUCCUAAAAACAAAGAAUAGCUGACUCCAAUUGAUUAAAUGGUUACAGGUUCAAUUAACAAAGACACAUUAAAAGAUUAAAAUGAGAAUCAAUAAACUGGAGGAGAAGCUAAAAAGACCUCAUGA